AUGGGUGGAGCCAGGAGCACCCUCGCGCCCGGCUCCCUCCCUUUCCCCGGCCCCGCCCUCACGAUGCUCAGCUAUAAAAAGGGAGGUGUGCGUUUGCGGCUGAGGUAGUCUUAUCAUGAGGCUUCCACUGUUGUUGUUUGUGGCUGUGUGCCUCUUCUCGGGGGGCGUCGUCGUCGUCGUCUCCGGACCAACUUCUCUCCACACGGCGUCCCGCCCCGACUCCGGCCUCCGCUAUGACUCCCGCACUUACCGCACCUGCUAUGUCACCCAGAAGAUUGACCACUUUGGUUUUUCCGAAGAUGGCACAUUCAAGCAACGCUACCUCAUUGCAGACCAGCACUGGAAGAGAAAUAUUGGGUCGAUGCUCUUCUAUACUGGCAAUGAAGGCGAUAUCACCUGGUUUGCCAAUAAUACGGGUCUUAUGUGGAACAUAGCGGAAGAGCUUGAUGCCAUAUUGGUAUUUGCAGAACACCGAUACUAUGGAGAGUCUCUGCCCUUUGGAAACAAAUCAUUCAGUGAUGCCAAGCAUCUGAAUUACCUGUCUUCAGAGCAAGCUCUGGCUGAUUUUGCAGUGCUCAUUCAACACCUGAAGCAUACUAUCCCUGGGACCCAGGACACUCCUGUCAUUGCCAUAGGGGGAUCUUACGGAGGGAUGCUUGCUGCAUGGUUUCGAAUGAAAUAUCCUCAUAUAGUAAUUGGAGCUCUUGCAGCUUCAGCCCCCAUCUGGCAGUUCGAUAACCUGGUUCCCUGUGGCAACUUUUAUCGUAUCGUAACCGAAGAUUUCAAAAAGAGUGGGAACUGUUGCUCAGAAAGUAUCAGGAACUCCUGGGCAGCCAUUGACCGUCUUGCUUCCACAGAGGAAGGCUUGCAUUGGCUUUCGUCUACAUUUCGCCUGUGCAGCCCGCUGAAAACUGUGGUAGAUGCUGCUGUUUUCAAAGGAUGGCUAAGUGAGACUUGGGUUAAUUUGGCAAUGGUUGACUACCCAUAUAAGGCUGACUUCUUGCAACCUCUCCCUGCCUGGCCUAUUAAGGCAGUUUGUAGCUACUUGAGGAAUCCCAAACUACCAGACAAAUUGCUGCUGCAAAACAUCUUGCAGGCAGUAGACGUCUACUAUAACUACACAGGACGUGCUUCAUGCCUUAAUUUAACUCAGACUGCCACAAAAAGCCUUGGGAUUAAGGGCUGGUAUUAUCAGGCUUGCACUGAAAUGGUGAUGCCCAUGUGUUCAGAUGGCGUCAACGACAUGUUUGAGCCCGAAAAGUGGGACUUGAAAACCUACUCGGAUGACUGCUUCAAAACCUGGGGGGUGAGACCUCGUCCUGACUGGAUCCCCACUCUCUAUGGGGGGAAGAACAUCAGUGCUCACAGCAAUAUCAUCUUCAGCAAUGGUGGGCUCGACCCCUGGUCUGGGGGCGGAGUAACACGGAAUAUCACAGACACUCUAGUUGCCAUAGUGAUCCCAGAAGGUGCUCAUCACUUGGACCUGCGCUCCAACAGCCCUUAUGAUCCGGAAUCCGUGCUGCAAGCCCGUCUUUUGGAAGUUCACUACAUGAGACUCUGGUUGCAGAACUAUCGUCGUAAUGGUUCGAAGUAACUGAAAGAGCUGGUUUUUGUGGUUUCCACUUUCUCCUGUCAACGCCGAGGGAGGACCUGCUGGCUUGAUGGCUGACUUCACACAAGUGUUUUCCCCCUCGUUGUUUCAUGCCUACUUUCCUCUUUCUCUCCUAACCAAAG